AUGGUGAAGCUGGCGACGGCGCGUGAGUGGAGGAUGUACGGAUCAGGGCGGAGUCGGGAAAGAGCGGAAUAUACAAACGCGGGAGUAUACCUGUUGGCAACGGUUGUGGUGGUGUGUGGUUUUGCGGGGCAGCUGUCGAGGGAGCCGAAAUCAGGGCUGGUGGUGUUGCUGAUAGGAAUAGGGUUGAUGAUAUUGGUCAACAUCCAUGAUCUGGUGGCACAUGUUUCCGGCCGGCUCAGGCUGAUGUGGCGGGUUGACCAUCAGCUUUUGUAUGUGGAGGUCGGGGUGCCGGCCCUUCAAGCCUUAGGUGGCUUUUUAUUCUUCAUUGCCAUUCUUUUCCUCCUCCUCCAGGCAGAUAGAGGAUUUGGUUUUCACAGGAUUGAAAGUCAUGCUCUACACUUGCUUAUUGCCGGCACUUCAUUAUGGGUCCUCGGUUCCAUGCUAAAUUCGUGCCAAGUUUAUGAGCAAGCAGACGGGAUUCUUCAAAUCUUGCAACACGGUGUCCAGAUUCCCUUCUUCAUGGGUAGCUUGUUGUUCCUGGCCGGAGCCAUUGUGAAUUUCCGACAACAAGCUGGACAUAGUCACCAUGGUUUGCAUUUGUUGACGUACACAUGGGUGUGGAUAGGUAUUUUGGCGAGUUCCUUAUUAGUCAUCGGGGGAUUCAUCAAUGUCAUUAAAGUGGUCAAGAUGUUAAAUAUGGAUGGAAUCAGUUUGGAGAAACUACAUGGCGGAGCACAAGAGCAGCUCUUACAAGCAGCAGCAGAAGAAGAAGAUGGGCAAACACCACUUCCUAUAGAAGAAGGACGAAGGAGGAGACCCGGAACAAGCACCCUCGGGUUAAACUACAAGUCCUGAAUCAUUCUUUGACUACCUUACGUUCUAAGUUUAAAGUUCCCGCUCAAGUUGGGUCCUUGUCAGCCUCCUCUUAAUUUCUAGAUCCCUGUUCUCCGUUAUUAUGUACAGAUAGCUAUGAUUUGCGAUAUUGAUCCUAGAUAACUAUAACUUGCAAUGUGGAUCCGACAAAGAGCGAGAUCAGGGGCUCAAAUUCUUGCAGUCACCAACUUUUUGAAAAUUAGUCAUGGUAUUGUUGUGAAGUGACGAUGUUCCUUCAAUCUUAGCUUGGUUCUAUUUAAUUGUACAAGAUGAAGAUAGAGUAUUAUUUGAUAUAAUCAAGUUAAAGGGUUGAAAUGUAUAUUUAUGAAAAUAAGGGGUCAAAGAUGUAUGAGUUAUAACUUCAUUAGACCCGUUACUACUUGGAUCUAUAUGCAACGGAUAUAUCUCGGUUAAUAU